AUGAGUAUAUUAAUUUUACUUAGAUUUUCUUUAACUAUAGCUUUCAUACUACCUCUUAUGAGUCAACCAUUAAGACUAGGUUUAGUUGUUAUACUAUCAACUUUAUUUAUAUGUCUCUUGGCAGGAUUAUUUUUUUCUUCAUGAUAUGCUUAUAUUUUGUUUUUAAUUUAUGUAGGAGGUCUGUUAGUAAUAUUUAUUUAUGUGGCCACUCUUAUACCAAAUAUAUUAUUCAUAAAUAAUGGUUACUUAACUUUUUUUUUUGUUUCGCAAAUUCCUUUAAUAUGAGGGUUUUCUUCUUAUAUUUCUAAAAGCUUAAAAGUAGUUAAUUAUAAUGAAUUUAUUAGUUUUAAGAUAUCUAAGCUAUAUGGGUUAGAAUUAAUCUCCCCUUCUUUAAUUUCUGUUUUUAUCGGCUUAAGAAUUGUAUUACUAUUAAACUUAAUUGUCGUUGUAAAAAUUUGUUAUUAUUAUUAUGGAAGAUUACGAGUAUAUAAUUAA